CAUUGAGUUUAUUGGGUUCAACAAAAGUGGAAAGUGCAUCCACAGAGAAACAUUUCACUUUACCUUCCAACUGCACGAACAGAUGCGGUAACAUCAGUAUUGAAGUGACCUUCAUUUGCUUAAUGCUUCCAGUAUCAAAGUUUUCGUGUACGAUGGUUACAAUGCUACCAAAGAUGAUCUCCAAGGAAUAGUGCAAGGCAGGGGCUCAGAAGUGGAGACUGCCCUAUCAUGGUACAUCAAAGACUAUCCUACCUGUGAAGAGGCCAAGAAGAAUAUGGAAACUUUUGCCUGCAGCAAUCCCAAUAGCGACUGCUAUGACCUCCUUAAUUAUGGCUACACGAAUUAUAAUAUUGGAUACAUAUGUCGAUGUUCUCUUAACUAUAAAGGCAAUCCAUACCUAGCCAAUGGUUGUGAAGAUGCAUCUUUAACUUUGGUUCCGAGCAAAGGCUGUCGAGCAAAAUGUGGGGGUGUUAACAUCUCUUUUCCAUUCGGGCUAAGCAAGGGUUGUUUCAGAAGCCAGUCAUUUGCUCUAACAUGCAACACGACAUUCAAUCCUCCUAUUCUGUUCUUCAUGGGCAAUUACAUGGUGCGUAAUAUCUCAUUGGAGGAAGGACAAUUGGAAUUCAGUGCACCAAACAGAACAACAGACAGUUCUUACAUUGAUGACAACUACUACUACUUCGAUGAAACUGGACCUUUCACGCCACUGGAACAGCUGUCGACCUUUAGUUGGGUGAUUGAGUCUAAGAAUUGCGAGGAAGCCAAAACGAACAUGACCACAUUCGCAUGUGUCGACAAAAACAGUUCGUGUGUGGACGUUCCCAAAACUUCUACCAAAGAUAUCCAGGGAUAUCGUUGCAAAUGCCAGAAUGGUUAUCAAGGAAAUCCAUAUAUUGCCGAUGGAUGCAAAGAUAUUGACGAGUGCAGCGGUCCCAACAAUAACGUUUGCAAUGGGAUAUGCAGAAAUACGAUUGGUGGUUAUGAGUGCCUUCCUGACAAAAAACAGACUGAAAUACUUGUGAAGCUAAAACUUGGGUGGUAUUGUGCAGGUGUCAUAAUCGGUGUAAGUCUUGGCAGUGGCUUAUUGCUCUUAAGCAUAAGUUUUAUCAUCCUAAGAAGGAAAUGGAAGAUCAGAAAGCAAAAGAAAAUAAGAGAAAGACACUUCCACCAAAAUCAUGGACUACUAUUACAACAGUUAAUCUCUUCUGACGAAGACGUUGAUGAGAGAACAAAGAUAUUUUCUCUAGAAGAGAUAGAAAAGGCAACCAACAAUUUUGAUGAAACUCGAGUACUCGGUCGCGGAGGACAUGGCACAGUUUAUAAAGGGAUUUUAUCAGAUCAACGUGUAGUCGCCAUAAAGAAAUCUAAAAUAGUCAAAAAGAGUGAGAUAGAUCAAUUCAUCAAUGAGGUUGCAAUUCUUUCUCAAAUUAAACAUAGAAACAUCGUCAGGCUUUUUGGAUGUUGUUUAGAAACAGAAGUCCCCUUGUUAGUCUAUGAAUUUAUCUCCAACGGGACCCUUGCAGACCACCUCCAUGUUUCAGAUGGUAAUUCUGUAUUAUCAUGGGAAGCUCGCCUGAGGAUCGCUGCAGAAACUGCCGGAGCACUUGCCUAUCUGCACUCGGCAGCUUCAAUAUCAAUUUUACAUAGGGAUGUUAAGUCAUCAAAUAUUCUUUUGGAUGAUCAUUUCAGGGCAAAAGUAUCGGAUUUUGGAGCCUCAAGAUUUAUCCCACUUGAUGAAACUCAUAUAACUACUGUUAUCCAAGGCACCUUUGGAUACUUGGAUCCAGAAUAUUACCAGACUAGUCAAUUGACGGAGAAAAGUGAUGUUUAUAGCUUUGGGGUUAUUCUUCUGGAGCUUCUGACAGGAAAGAAACCUGUUUUCUCCAUUGAGCAUGAGAAUAGGCAAAACCUAUCAAUGUAUUUUCUUCAAGCAAUGAGAGAGAAGCAUUCUUUUGAUCUCGUGGAAGAACGUAUCAUGAAAGAAGGAACUAAACAAGACUACUAUUUUUCGUAUGAAACUGAACCUUUCACUCGACUUGAACAGCUGUCGACCUUUAGUUGGGUAAUUGAGUCUCAGCAUUGCGUGGAAGCCAGAAAGAACGAGACCACAUUCGCAUGUGUCGACGAAAACAGUUUCUGUCUGAACAUUACCGAAACUUCUACCGAAGAUAUACGGGGAUAUCGUUGCAAAUGUGAUAAAGGUUUUCGAGGAAAUCCAUAUAUUGCCGAUGGAUGUAAAGUACAUAAUCUACAGUGUGAGAACAAAAACGAAAGACUUGUGAAGCUAAAACUUGAGUGGUAUUGUGCAGGUGUCAUCAUUGGUGUAAGUACUGGCAGUGGCUUAUUGCUCUUAAGCACAAGUUUUAUCAUUCUAAGAAGGAAAUGGAAGAAACGAAAGCAAAAGAAAAUAAGAGAAAGACACUUCCACCAAAAUCAUGGACUACUAUUACAACAGCUAAUCUCUUCUAACGAAGACGUUGAUGAGAGAACAAAGAUAUUUUCUCUAGAAGAGAUAGAAAAGGCAACCAACAAUUUUGAUGAAACUCGAGUACUCGGUCGUGGAGGACAUGGCACAGUUUAUAAAGGGAUUUUAUCAGAUCAACGCGUAGUCGCCAUAAAGAAGUCCAAAAUAGUAAGGAAGAGUGAGAUAGAUCAAUUCAUCAAUGAGGUUGCAAUUCUUUCUCAAAUUAAUCAUAGAAACAUCGUCAGACUUUUUGGAUGCUGUUUAGAAACAGAAGUCCCCUUGUUAGUCUAUGAAUUCAUCUCCAACGGGACCCUUGCAGACCACCUCCAUGUUUCAAAUGGUAAUUCUACAUUAUCAUGGGAAGUUCGUCUGAGGAUCGCUACUGAAACUGCUAGCGCACUUGCCUAUCUACACUCGGCUGCUUCAGUAUCAAUUUUACAUAGAGAUGUUAAGUCAUCAAAUAUUCUUUUGGAUGAUCAUUUCAGGGCAAAAGUAUCGGAUUUUGGAGCCUCAAGAUUUAUCCCGCUUGAUGAAACUCAUAUAAUUACUGUUAUCCAAGGUACCUUUGGAUACUUGGAUCCAGAAUAUUACCAGACUAGUCAAUUGACGGAGAAAAGUGAUGUUUAUAGCUUUGGGGUUAUUCUUCUGGAGCUUCUGACGGGAAAGAAACCUGUUUUCUCCAUCGAGCAUGAGAAUAGGCAAAACCUAUCUAUGUAUUUUCUUCAAGCAAUAAGAGAGAAGCAUUCUUUUGAUCUCGUGGAAGAACGUAUCAUGAAAGAAGGAACUAAACAAGAGCUUCUA